CGUAAGGACUCUCCAAAGUUCACCCCUACCCCUUUACCCAGUGCCCACUGGCCACUCCUUGUACGAAAAACUCUGUGCCCCCAAAUCUCAACUCCCCCGACACCAUUUCUGUCCCACACACUCUCUCUCUCUCUUAAUUCUGGCCGGGAAAUUACAACUUUUUUCAGUUUUUUUUGGGGAAACUAGCAGAACUGUAAUCCAUUACAUUUAUACCAAGAAAUCUCGGGAAAAUGUGGAAUCUUGCGCGAAGACCCAUUAUGGUUUCUUGAGUUACAGUGAGAUUUCUUGAUUUUUCUUGCAGGUUUGCCUAUGGUGAUGAUAGAAGGGCUGCUAGGUAAGUUUAUUUUGGUUUGAAAGUACAAUGUGAGGUGAAUUUCCAUUUUUUAUUCUGUAUGUAUGUGUAUGUACUUUCUUGGUUGUGAGGAUGGUGGCUGCUGUUUCUGAAAACCCCAAAAUUAUAGCUUCAAGAAGACCUCCAUUAUUGUCUUCUGAAAAAGAUGAUUGUAAUGGGUUUUCAAACAAUCCCAGGAGGCCCAAAUCUAGAAUUGUUUCUUCAAGAUACAUGUCCCCUUCAAGUUCUACUUCCACUUCGUAUUCCUCUUCAGUUUCCUCAUCUUCCUCUUCUUCUGGAAGGUAUCCCUCUCCUUUAGUUUCAAGAAACUUAACCCCGGUGUCAAAGAUUCCUUCUUUAGGCCCCAAGAGGUCUGUGUCCGCAGACCGUAGGCGGCCCGUGGCUGCCAGGCCUUUAGCACCUGAUCUUGAUUCCAGGCAUGGGAAUUUGACUGAAGUUUCUGCAGCCGCUAAGUUGCUGGUCACAUCGACUCGGAGUUUAUCAGUUUCCUUUCAAGGUGAAGCCUUUUCUCUACCAUUUAGUAAGACUAAGGUUGCCCCUCCUUCACCUAAUUUGAGUAGUGUGAGGAAGGGUACUCCAGAGAGGAGGAGAAGUGGUACUCCAUUGAGAGGAAAGGGUGACAGGGGAGGAGAUCAAGUAGAGAAUUCUAAGAGUAAGGUUUCCCUGCCUUCAUCUAAUUUGAUUAGUGUGAGGAAUGGUACUCCGGAGAGGAGUUCUGCUACUCCAUUGAGAGGAAAGGGUGAGAGGGGAGGAGAUCAAGUAGCAAAUUCUAAGAAUGUUGAUCAGCAUAGGUGGCCGACGAAGAACCGGCCGGUGAAUCCAUUGUCAAGGAGUUUGAAUUGUAGCAGUGGUGGUGUAGAGAGGAAUACGCUCAUUGGAUCUGGGAAUGUGGUUCGAGCAUUGCAACAAUCGAUGAUUGAUGAGAGGAGGGCGUCACUUGAUGGCAGGUUGAAUCUUGAUUUGGGCUAUUCAGAUCUUUUAAAGACAUCUCAACGAGUUAUAGAUAGGAAUUUGGCUAAUAAUGAGUCAUCUGUACCAUCUGAUCUCACUGCAUCCGAUUCAGACAGUGUCUCUUCUGGUAGUACAACUGGAGUUCGAGAAAGUGGAGGGGGUUUCCGUGGAAAAAGUGGUCCUCGUGGAAUUGUUAAUUCAGCUAGGUUUUGGCAAGAAACCAAUAGUCGGUUGAGGAGGUUGCAGGAUCCAGGCUCUCCUUCAUCAGCAAAUCCCAGUUCAAAACUAAUUGUGCCUCCAAAGUUGAAAAAGUAUGCAAGUGAUGGUCCAUUGUCAUCCCCUAUUCGUGGAGGUAUUAGACCUGCAUCUCCGAGCAAGCUUAUGACACCUGUGGGAUCAUCUCCAUCCCGGGGACUUAGUCCAUCUCGUGUCAGAAAUACUGUUAGCACCAUUACUAAUAAUUUCAAUGAGACACCAUCUGUUCUUAGUUUUUCUGUUGAUGUUCGAAGAGGGAAAGUAGGCGAAAACCAUAUUGCUGAUGCACACUUUUUGAGGCUUCUGUAUAAUCGGCACCUCCAGUGGCGUUUUGCCAAUGCUAGGACUGAAGUGAUCUUGCUGGUGCAGAGACACGGUGCAGAGAAAAAUCUAUGGAAUGCGUGGAUAACAAUCUCACAUCUACGCGAUACUGUCACCAAAAAAAGGCACCGAUUGCAGUUGCUUAGACAAAAGUUGAAGCUAGCCUCCGUUCUCAAGGGACAAGUAAGCUCUAUUCUUCGCUUCUGUUUCUGAUUGGGAAUAAAGUUA